GACAAGAACGUAUACUCUACAGAAAACCCGCUUUUUUCCCCUCCCCGCGUUUCUCUCUCUCUAGAUUUUCUCCAAUCAACAUCACUAAUCUCUCUCUCUCUCUCUCUCACUAGGGGUUUCAGCAUCUCUUGAUCGCAUCGGUUCAUUGCUGGGACUAGGUAGUGACUCAUAGCUGGAUUUGACUUUUGAGCUCCUCCAAUGCUCGUCUGCUCGAUCUGUUAGAUGUCGCUCGCCGUUUCCUCUGGUUUGGAAAUGGAGGCUUUGGAAAUGUCAAAAUACUGGGUAAAAUGAGCCAAACAGGGGGUUCUUCUAGGAUGAGGCAGAAGCCAUCUCUUGUUGCUCUGGGGACUCUAAUCGGUCGAGAGCUGAGGGGCGAGAAGAUUGAGAAGCCCACAAUUAAGUAUGGGCAGGCUGCUCUGGCAAAGAAAGGGGAGGAUUACUUUCUGAUCAAACCCGAUUGCCAGAGGAUUCCAGGCAAUCCGUCAACGUCAUUGUCAGUUUUUGCGAUAUUUGAUGGCCACAAUGGUAUAUCUGCUGCCAUAUUUGCAAAGGAGAAUCUUUUGAACAAUGUUUUGAGCGCAAUCCCUCAAGGAAUUGGUAGGGAAGAGUGGCUUCAAGCCCUGCCUCGGGCAUUAGUUGCAGGUUUUGUCAAAACUGACAUAGAGUUUCAGCAGAAAGGUGAGACAUCUGGGACUACAGUUACUUUUGUGGUGAUUGAUGGGUGGACUGUGACUGUUGCAUCUGUUGGAGAUUCAAGAUGCAUAUUGGAUACACAGGGUGGUGUAGUUUCACUGUUAACAGUUGAUCAUAGGCUGGAAGAGAAUGUAGAGGAGAGGGAACGCGUCACAGCAAGUGGGGGUGAAGUGGGAAGGCUCAACAUUUUUGGAGGCGACGGGGUUGGUCCGCUUCGAUGCUGGCCUGGUGGAUUGUGUCUCUCUAGGUCAAUUGGUGAUACAGAUGUGGGGGAAUUUAUUGUCCCAAUACCUCACGUCAAGCAAGUUAAGCUUUCAAAUGCUGGAGGAAGACUUAUAAUUGCGUCUGAUGGUAUAUGGGAUGCAUUAUCAUCAGAUAUGGCAGCAGAGUCUUGCCGGGGUUUACCAGCAGAACUUGCUGCAAAGCUGGUUGUUAAGGAAGCUCUAAGGUCAAGAGGCCUGAAGGAUGAUACGACUUGCCUUGUUGUUGAUAUUAUCCCCUUUGACCAUCCAGUCUUGCCUCCACCAUCAAAGAAGAAACAAAAUCCGCUCAGUUCACUUAUAUUUGGAAAGAAAACUCAAAAUUCUGGUAAAGGACCAAAGCUUUCUGCUGUUGGGGCUGUGGAGGAAUUGUUUGAGGAGGGUUCCGCGAUGCUUGCCGAAAGGCUGGGCAAGGAUUUUCCCUUGACUGCAAACUCUGGGCUUCUCAGAUGUGCAAUUUGCCAAACGGAUCAAUCACCAAGUGAUGGGUUAUCCGUUAACUCCGGGCCCUAUUUCUCACCUGCAUCAAAGCCAUGGGAAGGCCCCUUUCUCUGUGCAACUUGUCGACGAAAGAAAGAUGCCAUGGAAGGAAAGAGGCCGAGUACACGCACAGUGACUGCAUAAUUUCGUAAUGCAGUAUCAAUGUGGUUUUUCCUCUGGCAGUGUGAGCAUGUCUUGUUUUUUUUGCUUUGUUUUUUUUUUUUUCCUCCCGGUUUCUUCUUGAUAUAUGGAGGAGAUGAAAGAGUGUACCAAAGGUAACUGUUUCGCAGAUUGCUUAUUUUGUGUUGGUUGUGGUUGUGCUCAGCUGUUGGACUGACCGACAGCGAAUAAACAUGCCAUCUGAAUUCUGAUACAUAUGGUUCCAAAGAUUUGAUUGCUAACCGGUUGAAUAUGUAAGUAAAAGAGAUUGUUGCUAAA